AAACGCGGAUGGUAAACAAACCCGUAACAACAUGCUCCAUUGCAGACGACUAAGAGAAAGUGAAAGAAGCCAUGGCCGUGAAAAAAUGCAUCGUCUUUAUGUCUUUGUUGUCACAGGUGCUUGUCCAAAUUCAGGGAAAUUCCCGUGACCUUUUGGACGAAAUGUUACAGGAUGGGGAAGCCGGAAACAUGGAGGGAAUGUUUGACAAAGUCGGAGACAUGUUGGGGGAACUUGUAGAUUCAUUAGACACCAUCAACAGUCCAUGCAGAUUUAAGUGUCCAAACGGAGUGAUACCUAAAGAACGAAAAAAUCACAUUCGAUCAAGUAAUGGAUGCGGAACAUUUGGGAUUGAGAUUGACACCUCCUCUGUGCCUUUAAUGACCUCGUGUUGUGAUGAACACGAUUUCUGCUAUGACAAGUGUAACAACGACAAAGAAAAAUGUGACAACGAUUUCAAAACAUGUCUACUAAAGAUGUGUAACAAGAUGAAGAAAGGGCUCCAAAGCGACGAAUACGAGGGAUGUAAGGCCACUGCAGAGUUGAUGUUCACAGGAACAAACAUGUUGGGCUGUAAUUCUUACAAAGAGGCUCAGGCAAAAGCUUGUGACUGUGGUUCUAUAGACCAAGAUACAGUAAAUGAUGACAAAGUGAAAGUGAACUCAGGAAAAUCGACCUUGACCCACGAACGAAAAAUCGUGAAUGCUGAACCCAUACCGGGAACAGAAAAUGCUAGUGCUAGAAAAUCUAAGAAAUCUACCGAAUCAGAAACAUUAUUAAAGGCCACUAAACUAAAACAAGAGGGGGAUCAUCGACACGAUGACUUAUGAAAGCAAUUUGAUUUAUUAUUUCAUAUUGUCAUUCCAUACUUUUAUUUUUCUGUUCUUUGCAUGAAAGUGUUCUGCCGAGACAAUACUGUUCUGCGGAGACAAUACUCUUUCUGAAAUCAUAUUCUCUCAGUUAAUCUAGUAAAUCAAGUCCACUAUAGGAAAACUAGAUGUACUUGUAACGUUUGAUGGGUAAAAUACCUUUUUCUAGGAAGUGCCUUUACAUGUUAGUAAUUGUUUGUGAUAAAAUACUCUUAAGUUAAAAGCAUGUUCUAAUACAUCGUUAACAUUGAACCAUUCUUCUUUAAGACAUUGUGCAAGCCAUUGUUUUCCGUGUAUUUCUGCACUAACAGUUCAGAGUAGAUAUUACUCUGCCUUGAAAUGACGAAUAUGAUAGACAGUAUUGAACAAAGUCCGCAUAAUUGCAUAGAACACAAUACGCAUGAUUACUUAUAGCAGUAUUACGCAUUUAUUGAUUGUUCUACUCAUUUACUUUGUAUUAAUUAUCAUGAUUAUUCAUUUAUUUUUUACACCCUUUUCAACGCAAACUUAUAUGUACCCUCCUACAUGCACGUACAAGUGUAAAUAAACAGAAACAGCACUUCGUCUGUUCUCUCGAUGGUCCGUCCAGUUGUUCACUCUUGUGAUCUUCCAGAAUGCCAUGGAUUGUUACUUUAUUAUUGAUUGUAAUUGAUUAUUUCACAUUUAAUAAAAUAAAGUAUAUGAAUAUAGAAA